AUGGAUGAACGCUCAAUUAAACGGACAUUGUUGAGCACUUCUGCCGAUGAAAAGAGGUUAUAUAGGACGCGAAUCCAGAAAUUUAGGAAAUCACAUACCUUGUACGUGAUAUUACUCGCAUCUUUGGCUCUUUUACAAUUUAUUGCCAUUGCAUUCUUCACAAGAGGAUUCCUUUUGACUAGACAAGUACUCGAUGAUGUGGCAAUUAAAACAGCAGAGUACGGUAAAUUUGAUAAAGCUGUUGUUCUUAUUGUAGAUGCUUUGAGAUUCGAUUUUGUGAUACCAGUGGAUCAGGAUCACCAGGGGUAUAGUGGUAAUUUCCACAAUAACAUAGAUGUUCUUUACGAAAGCAUGUUUGCGGAUCAAGGUUCUUCACUACUGUUGAAAUUUAUUGCAGAUGCACCUACUGUUACUUUGCAAAGACUCAAGGGACUGACUACUGGAUCAUUACCGACUUUCAUAGAUGCGGGUUCCAAUUUUGAUGGUAGCGUCAUUGAGGAGGAUAACCUGAUCAAACAGAUGUAUGAGCAAGGCAAACAAAUUUAUUUCGCCGGAGAUGAUACUUGGGAAAGUCUCUUUAGUCCCUUUCUUUCACCACGUAGCAAGUACUACGAGUCGUUUAACGUAUGGGACCUCGAUACAGUGGAUAACGGUGUGAUUUCUUACUUCAAUGAGCAUCUGUUGGAGACUGCGAACCGUGACUGGGAUGUACUCAUUGGACACAUGUUAGGUGUCGAUCACGUAGGGCAUAAGUACGGUCCUAACCAUUUCACCAUGCGUGAGAAACAGUUGCAGGUUAAUGACUUUCUCAUCAAAAUUAAAGAAACAAUAGACGACGAUACAUUAUUGGUAAUCAUGGGUGAUCAUGGUAUGGAUCAUACGGGGAAUCAUGGUGGUGAUUCUAAGGACGAAUUGGAAAGUACACUGUUUCUCUACAGCAAGAGACCAAAUAUGUGGGGUUUGAAUGAUCCUUCUCAGUAUAACACUACUGAUUUAGGUGCAUACUACAGAGAAGUAAAUCAAAUUGAUUUGGUACCAACUUUGUCGAUUCUAAUGGGGUUGCCUAUUCCUUUCAACAAUCUUGGAUGGCCGAUUGAAGAGAUCGCUACUUCGAGUGAGGAGAGGGAUCUAUACGCUCGCAUUGCGUUAGAGCAACUAGAAUUGUACAAGAAGACAAGCAAUAUGGUGACAAAUCCCGAAAAGAGUACUAUGUUGGAGAAUGCUUGGAUUGAGGCGAUGGGCAACCCCUCGCUAGGCGCCGCCUACCAAAGACAGUUUUUGGAAGUUUGUAAAGAUCUUUGGACCAGAUUCGACUACUGGAGCAUUGGUACUGGUAUCACUCUCCUUACAAUCUCACUGGUUCUUCUUCUAGCCAUCACCAAAUUGAUACCGUCGAUCGUAGUGGGGCAAAUGGUGCCUGAAUUCGUACCGUGGAUUGUAACGAUGUCAUUGGUAUCGAACGCCUGUUUACACGGGCUUUUCUACGUUUUCAAACAGCCCGCCUUCUUGGAGGAUGCCCUCUGGUGCUCGUUGUUGGCAACAGCUAUUGGUAUCUGUGUCGGGUGUUGUAUACCUGUGUUGGAUCGUUACAACUUGAAAUGGAUCUUUAUCAGGUUCCUUGAAGAUUUGUCCGAUUACUGGUCUCGAAUUGGUGCAUUAUUACUAACACUUCACGCCAUUUCAUUUACGUCAAAUUCCUUUACAAUUUGGGAAGACAAGAUUGUCAGCUUUUUGUUGAUAACUUUGGGAAUGCUGACGUUAUACGAGUUUGUCUUUUUGCCAAAGAGACAGUCUACUACGGCUCUGUUGACAGCUACGAUCAGUGAAAAGCAAGGUACCUCAUCGGGAGUUUGUCAAUCUACUGCCAACUCAGAUUCUUUGCCUUUGACUAGAUUUGCUCGAUUACUCGGUCUCUAUCAUUCCAUUGUACUGAUAGUUUGUACCAGACUUGCAUCCACAAUCACUAUCUGUCGAGAAGAACAAGGAGAGUACUGUGUGCCUACUUUCACUAACAAAAACAACUACUCAAUUUGGUGCAUGGGAUUAUGUCUGUUGGUUGUUGCAUUGCUACCGUCGUGUAUCAAGGGUUAUUACAACUUAUCUUUGUCCUACCAGGCAGCUGCGCCCAUAUGGAUCGAUAUUUUUUUGAAAGGUGUGCUCUUCUCAAACUUCAUUUAUUGGACUCUCACUUCAUUGGAGAAUAACAUCACUGGCUUGACGUGGAACGUUACGAUAUUCAAGUUCACCAUUGCCAGAAUAAUUGCCGGUUUUUCCUUGAUUGCAUCAAAUAUUGGUUGGAUGAUGGGACCGUUGUGUGUCAAAUUGAACGUCGAUAAUACAGAUGCCAAGUCUCAUCAGGCAACCAUAUUAGGCUACGCAAAUGCUUAUGGUGCGCAAUUUUUCCUUCUGGUGAUCAAUGCGAUCAUGAGCAUUAUGCUGUUUAACAAACCACUAGCGCAACUUUCCCUCUACUUGAUGUGCAAUCAACUACUGUCCAUUUUGGAGAUUAUUGAUCUUUUGAAAUUGAGGGAAAACAUUAUCGGUCCUUUUGCAUUAGCCCUAUUAGCAUAUUCACAGUUCUUCAGCACAGGUCAUCAGGCUACCAUCCCCUCUGUUCAAUGGGACGUUGGUUUUAUUCUUUCUGAAACCGUUAAAUUUCCUUUUACUCAUUUGCCGAUAGUUUUAAACACAUUUGGUCCACAUAUUAUAGUAGGCCUCUCCGUGGCUUUACUAACUCUAUGGAAGCAACAACCGGACGUUUUGAAACCGCAGACUCUUCUUGGGAGGAUUGUUUCCAAUUGUGGAUCUCUUCUGGUUUACAACACCGUUCUAUGUUUGAGCUCUUUUGUGUGGGUUACACAUUUCCGCAGACAUUUGAUGGUGUGGAAGAUUUUCUGUCCCAGAUACUUGUUUGCAAGUAUGAGCUUAAUAGCCGUUCAGCUGGUUGUUACUUUCGGUACGGUGGCGUUUGCUAGUGGAAGAAUUAUAAGGCAAAUUAACGACAUUUUUUGGAAAUGA